AUGACGACUUCAAAUUCGAUCUUUGAUACAUCUCAGAGAGAUGACGAAAACCCUAAUAUUCUUGUCUUUAGAAAAGUCAGCUUAGUAAUUUUUUUUAUUCUAAAUUUUAAUUAUUUUUUUCAAUUUUUAUUCAAUUUUUGUUGUUUUAAUACAUUUUUUUUAUUUUACAUUUCACAUAUAUUUCUAUUAAAAUUUUUAUUUUUCAAAAAUAUAACCAAGAUGGAGGCACUGCUUGAAAUGAUGCAAGAUCCAGUCAUUGGUAUUGAUGUGAGGACAGUCAAACAGUUUAUGACGAAGAUUCCAAGUGUUUUUACAGGCACAGAUUUGAUCAACUGGUUUAUGAAAAACUUGGAUGUUGAAGAUACAGCUGAAGCCUUACAUCUUGCCAAUUUGCUUGGUACUUACGGUUACAUUUUCCAGGUGUAUGUCGACCACAAACUCAACUUCAAGGGCGAUGGCCCAUUCUAUAGAUUCCAGACGCCAUGCUUAUGGCCUUCCAAAGUCAUAGAACCUGAAAAUUGUGAUUAUGCUGUAUACUUGUGUAAGAGAACAAUGCAAAACAAGCAGAGAUUAGAGUUAGUGGAUUAUGAAGCCGAGAAUUUGGCGAGACUGCAGAAGGACCUGUCUAAGAGAUGGGAGCUUAUAUUUAUACAGGCCGAGGCGCAAGUUAAAGUGGACAGGAAACGUGAGAAGUUGGAGCGGAAAGUACUGGACAGUCAGGAGAGGGCUUUUUGGGACGUCCAUAGGCCCGCACCUGGUUGCGUCAAUACAACAGAAGUUGACAUAAAGAAAGCCUGUAGAAAUAUGAUGACGACGAUUGUGAUGAUGAUGAUUGGGAUGAAGAUGAUGAUGAUGAUGAUACAGAUUGAACGACUGAAGAAAUCAGUUGAGAGAAGGAGAAUAAAAGUUUCUAAAUGUUCAGAAAGCUACCUCUUAUAUUACGACCAAUAUUCCGAGUUCGAUCCCUUCAUAACGCCAGCCGAACCCAACAAUCCCUGGACUUCUGAUAAUCUGGAUUUCUGGGAACAAGAGUCCACCAUGAAAGACAUCCCACCUCGGCGUGUAAAAAGAUGGGGACUCAGCGUCCGCGAACUUCUGAGAGAUGCAAGUGGCCGGGAGCAUUUCAAGAAGUUUCUAGAGAAGGAGUUCAGUGCCGAGAACUUGAAGUUUUGGGAGGCUUGCCAGAAGUUGAAAUGCAUCAGUUUAAAUAAAGUCGAACAAACCGUCAAGGAGAUCUAUAAUGAUUACCUAUCUCCAAAUGCACACGAGCCCGUGAAUGUGGACUGCAAAGUCGCUGAAACUGUCAACAAAAAAAUCUCCACCAACCCUGAUCGAUGCUGCUUUGUAGAAGCGGAAGAGCACAUAUAUCAGUUGAUGAAGAGCGAUUGUUACAACAGAUACCUAAGGUCAGAUAUGUAUCGAGAUUAUAUUGCUGGCACUAAGAAAAAGGUGUGCUAUUGUUUUGUUGUUGUUGUUUGUAGUUGUCUGUUUUGUUUUUGUUGUUUGUUUUGUUGUUGGGGAUGUUGUUGUUAUGUUAGGUUGUUUUGGUUGUCAUCGUGUUUAUCUAUUUUUUAG